UGUUUCUGUCAAUAACGACGACAUAUAAAGAGAAUGGUCUUAAUGGGCUUUAGAGAACUCAGGAGAGAGUUACCAGUUGCUCCUCUGUUUCGUCUUCUUUCUCUGAAUAGGUCAGACAAAGGAAGAGCCUUUCUAUCUCUAUCUAUGGCGGAUGCUCACGGAGAUGAUCUAGCUGAAUCGCUACAGAGUCUGUUCACGAAUGUAUCAUCCAUGGUGAAAUCCGAGCUCCAGGGAACGAACAAUCAGAUGGAUAUGUUGGAGAAGAUGAAUGUGAGAGUUGCGGCGGAGUACGAUGAUUUGGGUGACGUGGCGGCUGGGCUCAGAGUUUUUGCGGAGCAGAUGAAGUUGAAAAGUGGCGGCUUUGAUGAGUUCGUGGGACAGAUGGACGCGAUCGAGAAACAAGUGUCGGAGUUUGAAGCUGUCGUCUCUGUUCUCGAUCGCUAUGUCUCUGUCCUCGAAUCCAAAAUUCGAGCCUGAGUAACGUCAUCAUUGUCUCUCUAAUAAUUCUUGUACAGAUUUGA